UUUCGGGCGCACCAGCUGCUGUCGUGAACUUGGGUGCGUUUGCGUACGUGUCCGGACUUUCCCAUUCCUCUAAUCACAACACUUCUACCGGAUAUCCCUCUCAAGACAUGACUCUCCAGUGGACGGCAGUGGCUUUAUUCCUCUAUGCAGAAAUAGCAGUCAACCUCAUCUUGUGCAUACCCUUCAUAUCUGCAAAAAGGUGGCGUUUGGUUUUCAGCUGGAGAAUAUGGAACUGGUUAGCGCCAUAUUGGAACAAAUGCUUCCUUACUAUGAUCAUGGUCCUCAUUGUUCUCUUUCUUGAUGCUGUUCGGGAGGUGCACAAGUACUCGGGUCCUGAGCCCAUGCAAGAUGCGAAGGUGAACCCCAAUGUGUACGACCAUGUCCACAUGAAGCUGUUCAGGGCCCAGAGGAACCUCUACAUCUCAGGCUUCUCUCUCUUCCUCUGGCUCAUCAUGCGUCGAGUUGUCACCUUAUUAAACCAGGUUGCCAUCACCUUAGAAGACAGUGCAUGUCUUCAGGUACAAAUGGACCGCACUGUCAAAGCAGCCCAACAGCACCAAGAGGACAACAUCAGGCUCAAACAAGCUCUCUUGGAUGAGGAAAAGUCUACGUCAGCAAAAAAUCAACAACUGAAGUUAGAGGCUGAACAGCUUAGAGGUCAACUAAAGGCUGCAGAGGCGGCUGUACGUCAGUCUCAAGCUGAGGUGGAAGCAAUGAGGAGGCAGGCCAAAGGUUUGGCACAGGAGUAUGACAGACUACUGAGUGAACAUCAUCAGCUACAGAACCAGAGUCCAACAGACAAAAAGGAUCUGUAACCUCAGGAAAACUGUGAAUUUCAUGUUUAAAUGCUGUGUCUCCUCCUUCCAAACAGUAGUUUACAGCAUGUCCACUGUGGCACUCUUUACUCUAAUAGGAUUUAACAUAUUAUAGGAUAUAGUGUUAUUUUUCACAGCCAGAAAAUGUCUUUUCACCACCACAGUAGUUUAUCUCUUUAUAAUCAGGUGGAUGCUGCAGCAUUGUAAAUAGCAUUUAUAGCAAAACAAUCUACAAUAAACGAUACACAUAGCAAAACUGUGUGCUGCUAUGUAUACAAUUUUAAAUACUGUACAGCUGUGAGACAAAUGUGUAUUUGGAGCAAAGACUGUGAAAUCUGGAAAAGCAGAGGAUGGGUUUGCCACCGUUUCUCUGUUCUACAAGUAAAAUUCCUCUAGAAAAAAUGUAAUAGACUUUGCCAAGUUUGAGUCACUAACAAAGAAAAAUUAGGUCAAAAAUAUUGCUUGGCUGUAGUUUCCAAAAUACAGUCUUGGGUAAAAAUGUGAAAUUCUGUGAAUUAAUGAGAGAAUGGGUUUUACUAAAAGAACUGUUUGCCUCAGAGCUACUAGAUCUACUUCAAAACACUGUCCGCACAU